AUGGUUAAUGCAAUUUUUUGGAACAUUAGAGGAGUAGGGACCAAAAAAGCCAAUCACAGGCUCAAGAAUCUCAUCAAAUGUCACAAAGUUGAUUUUGUUGCCAUUCUGGAACCAUUCUUGAAUAUGAACAACAUUGAAAAGUAUAUGAAGUACUUCGGAUUUCAUCAUAGUCUCUCCAACUUAAAUGGCCAGAUCUGGCUUUUUUGGGUUGGAAAUUACAACGCUUCUAUUUUUAGCAAUACUGAUCAACAGAGCACAAUAAAGUUGCAAAACUCCAACACUUGUAAGGACAUUUUCAUCACUACUGUAUAUACUAAGUGCGCCCCUUUGGAAAGGAAGGAUCUCUGGGAGGAUUUGGAAAGAGUUGACCAAUCUAUUCAGGGGCCUUGGUGUAUCGGUGGGGACUUUAAUGUCAUACUUGAUCCCGACGAAAAACUUGGUGGAAAACCACAUAGAAUGGCUAAAAGUUUCGACUUUAGCAGUUGUAUGAAUGCUUGUGAAGUGUCAAAUUUGGGAUUCAUAGGUCCUAAAUUCACUUGGUGUAAUAAUACAAUUUCAAAAGAGAGAAUUUGGAAAAGGCUUGAUAGAGUUUUCAUUAAUGAUGAGUGGGCAAUCCUUUUUCAAACUAAUAUUGUCAGACACCUUCCUAGAGUCGGAUCUGAUCAUAGACCCCUCUUAGUAAAGUGCUAUGAUAGUUCUCAAUGUGGGAUUAAAUACUUUAAGUUUUUGAACUUCUGGGUUGAUCAACCUUCUUUCAGGCAACUUGUUGAGGAUACUUGGAAUGUUCAUAUCGCUAGAAAUGCUCAGUGGAUUCUACAGCAAAAGCUAAAAAUCCUCAACAAGAAACUCAGCCACUGGUCUCGGAAUGUAGACGGGAAGAACUCAAUAAACGACAGGCUGAGUAUAUUAGAUUGAUGAACCUCCAAGAUAACAUUUUGAAGAAGAAAGCUCAAACACGAUGGUUUGAGGAGGGAGACUCAAACACUAAAUAUUUCCAUAGCGUUAUUAGAGAAAGGAGAAGAAGACUCCAACUUAACAGAAUCAAAAACCACAAAAACAAAUGGGUCCAAGGAAGUGACAAGAUUGCUAAAGCUGCAAUCCAACAUUUUAAAAACUCUUCAACAGUCCUCAUUAUUUUAAUGACUUCAACAUUUUGAAUUCUAUUAAUCCUUGUAUUACAGAUGAUGAAAACAACAAACUCAUUGCAGUACCUGAUUUGGAAGAAGUUAAAGUUGCGGUUUCAGUAUGAGUGCAACAAGUGCAGCAGGGCCUGAUGGAUCUGGUAUGUUUUUUCAUAGUUGCUGGGAUAUUAUUCAAGACGAUAUUAAGAACUAUGUUCAAGAUUUCUUUAGGGGAAAGAACUUGUCUAAGUUUUAUUCACAUACUUAUCUGAUUCUUAUUCUUAAAA